AUGAUGAAGAAUGCUAAUAAACUUGUCUCUGAAACUUACGAUGAUAUGAUGUAUGUGGCAAAACUUGGAACGGGUAGUGAUUUGCCAUACAGAAUUGCAGUGCAUCCAGGAGGAGAAGGUUUGAUCUGUUCAUUUCCUAAAAGUUGCAAAUGGUAUGAAUGGGAUUCAACCUCUAGCAAAGAUGAGCAUACUUUGAAUCUGAAAUCAUCAGACAAAACCCUGGAGCAAUUGGAAGAUGUUGGACAACAAUUAGCUAUGACCUUCAAUAGUGAGGGAAGUUCUCUUGCCGUUGGUGCACAGGAUGGAAAGUUACGGGUUUUUAAGUGGCCUUCCAUGGAAAAUACCCUCGACGAGGCCAAUGUUCAUGCUUCUGUGAAAGAUUUAGAUUUCAGUCCUGAUGGGAAAUUUCUCGUCUCUGUGGGAAGCGGCCCUGUAAGGAUAUGGAAUAUCUCAACAUCAACAUCCGUAGCUUCUCUACCAAAGCAAAAUGAUGAGAUAUUCAGUUUUUGCCUGUUCUCACGUACAAGCAACACAGAUCAGGUUCUGUAUAUGACAGCAAUGGGGGAUAAAGGUGGUAGGAUCAUCAAGUGGAACACUAGUUCAUGGGAAAGGAUAAGGUCAACCAAUGUUUCCCGAGAUCCAGUAUCUGCUUUUAAUGUGUCGCCUGAUGGGAAGCUCCUAGCAGUGUAAGAAUAUGAUGUUUAACUCUCAUAUUUCAUUUUUAUUUUUUUUAUUUUUUUUAUUUUUUUUGUUCUGGUCCCAAAUAUUUUAAAGGCACUCUAUUUGAAUUUGUGUUUCAAAAAUUAUUUAAAUUGCCCUUUUUAUCUUCACUA